AUUUAAAUCUAUGAACCGGAAGUAUCUUGAGAAAUGUCAGGUGAUUGAAAAAUCAUAAUGGAAAGACAGCUGGAAAAACAUCUUGAAGAAACAUGCCGUGUACCUGGUAUAAGUGGGGCCCUGUGUGCUGAUAACAAUGGACUCUGCUUAGCAGCUCGAGGUUGCAAACCAGAACUAGCAGGACAAGUGGCCAAUAUUGUCCGUCAAGCAGCUCAGCUUCACCCCAAUUCCUCCACAUCACCAGUUGUCUGUAUUGAAUCAGAAGGAGGGAGCGUUUUAAUUAAAUCCGAGGGUGAUGUCACAAUGGCUAUCUUCAAAAAUCCAUUAUAGCGACAACUUUCCUACCAUGUCAACAGGAUGUCAGAACUCUUUACUUAUUUUGUUUGUAGAUAUUCUUCUUUGUGUAAUUAUGUAACAUGCUAAACAAGACGUGAUUUACAGUACAUGUACAUGUACGUGUAAUGCUUCUCAUAGCCGUGACUUAAGUACUAUAUUCAUGAGCAGGCAUUUAUCAUUUUGAAUUCACGUUUGACCAUUUUCUGAAGAGAUUACAUUUGUAUAAUUAUGUAUGAAAAAUAAAGGUGAUUUUAUGUA